CUUGUGAGAAUAGAUAGGUUUUCCCAUUCCUCUACGUACAUACAUUGCGCGUUGAACAGGAAGAAUAUACAAACGUCAGUGGAAGCGGUAAAGAGAAUUAUAGAGAGGGAGAGAAUUCGAAAGCCGACACGUUAUCAGUAUCUUUUUCUUCUUCCAUAGCUUUCGCGACGGAGAAUACCCGAGGUGUUGUGGUGUCGUUUGCUGGUGCUAGUAGGCCUUACCCAUCCUACUGCAUUAUCCCCAUACCUACCUAAGCACUACUAGGUGGGUAAAAAAAAAACACCGUUGGGCGACCAUGGAUUCGAGACAACCGCCACCACAACUCCCUUUUGCUCGCAACGCUGCAUCACCACCAGCUUAUGCCCGAUCGCCCUUCCCACCCGCUCCUAGUUCGAAUUCGACAGUAACAGCAACUUCCUCGCCCUUUCAUCCCUCACAUCCUGCAUCUGCAGGCCCUGCUGCCUACAGCGAACAUCAACGUCGACUAUCCGACGCGAGUCCUUUUUAUCCACAGUCCAGACCCCCUUCCUAUGCGCCCGAGCCUGCAUCGCAUCCUGCGCCUACCCAUUCGCGACAUCAAAGCUCAUCGUCCAUUAAUGCUUCCUUAUCUCGAAAUAUGCCGCCUCCCUCGCCUCCUCAACAUCCAACGCAACAGCCGCCAGCUUCUCAUCCCGCGCAUCAAAUGGGGCAUUAUGGCGGUCCACCUGCACCGAGGGCUCCGCCUAUGAAUCUUGGCCCUCCAAGCGCCUUCCCUUCCGCUCGGGAAUUGCCUGCUCUCAACUCUAUACCUCGAACAGGAAGCACGGGAGGAAGCAUGUCAAUUUCUUCGAUGCUUGGUGGACCUCCAGCUCCUCGGGAGCCGACCCCAGGACAUCCAACCACUUUCCCACCUCCCGUCACUACUUCUGCUGUUUCGGGACCCGCAUAUGCUGCGUCCGUCCACGCGUCGCCUAGGAUGCAGGCUGCAAACGAAUAUGCUGGGUAUAAUAAUAGGAGACCCCAAACGCCUGACCAAGGCAGACCGUUUGAUUCGAGAGAUCCCAGGGGUAAUGUGGCAGGUUCACCACCGCAGGGCAUGUACGGAACUCCCGAGUUAUCUCGAUAUAGUACGCCGCAAGCAUACCCGCCACGAGGCCCGCCAAUGCCUCCGGCUGAAGAGAGGAGAGAACAGCCGGCACGCAUCCCCGUCGCUAAUGUGCCGCCUAGACCGAGCAGUCAGCCUAGAUCCUAUCACGGAGUUCCUCAAAGAUCGGUAGACAUGGGUAGAGGUCCACCACCUGGGGAUCCCAUGUACGGCAGGCGAGAUGAGGCACGACAACCCGGCCCACCGGAGUAUAAUCCAGAUCGACCUCCACGAGCUAUCCCCUACGAAGAACAGCGCCGCUUCGCUUCUGAUCGAGACCUUAGGGAACAUAUGAGCAGAGAGGCAGAGUUUCAUAGGGAAAGGGAACGUAGGGAAAGGGAGAGAAUGCAUUAUGAAGAACAGCGUCCAUUUAUGGCUGAAAGAGAACGUAUCGAGAGGGAAAGGGAAAGAGAUCGCGAGGUAGAGAGGGAGAGAGAGCGGGAAAGAGAAAGAGAGAGGGAAAGAGAAAGGGAAAGAGAGAGAGAAAUGGAGAUGCGCGAGAGGGCUAGAAGAGAAAGGACUACUUCUGAUCCAAGUCGCCCGCCCGGCCAGCAUACUGCAGAGCUCGGCACUCAGGUGCUUUCGCGACAGCCGCCUUUCGGCAGACAUGACCCUCGAGACCCAGCUGCCUGGCAGCGACCCGGUUACGAUCAACCGCCGCCAAGAGAUGCGUACGGUCAGGCCUAUCCCGGUCCCCGACAAAACGAAUUUCCCCCGACGACCGCCCCGCCGUACGGAACGCACCCUGCUUAUACGCAGCCUCCUCCCCAUGAACGCUUUCCGGUGGCUGGUCCACCUCCCCACACAAUAUCUGUGAGCCAGCCAGGCCCACAACCUGCACAUCCUUUCGGGUCUCCUGAUAGGCAUCGGUUUAUUCAGACACAUCCUCAGCAGCAGCAGCCUCCUCAGCCACCACAACCACCGGCAGCUCACCGGGGCCGCCCUAUUGACGAAGGGCCGCCUCCACCGUCAGUUGCGUAUAAUGGUGGCCCAGGUGCAGCUUCUUUUGAACCGGUCCGGCCACGUGUUAUGGAUGACGGACCGGCUCCUACGGGACAUCAACGAGGGUUUCUUGGCAUCCAGGAGAUCAACCGUAAAGGAAGGGUGUCCCCACUCCCACAGGCGGUGCAGGGUGCGCAACCCCAACUGCAAGGCCCUGCAGGUGAGCCUGGGAUUAAGAGUGAAUUCGGCCGUAUGUUCUCUGGCAUAGGAAGCGGAGUCCGCGGUAUCGGUGUCUCUAGCCCAGUGCCAUCUGGCAUGCAACCUCAGUUUUCUAGUGCGGGCCCUACGCGACGUGAUGAUGAGCACCUAAUCCAUGAACCACUUGCGGAGGCGCCUGUGAAGGCAACUACCAGAGGGAAGCGGAGGAAAGCUAAGGAUGAAGAUAGCAAGGGUGACGAUGAUAGUACUGGUAGGAUCACACCAGUUGGCCGGGCUAAGCGUCCCAAGACUCAUGCUCAUCACCACCACCACCAGUCAGUCGCGGCUCCAUCAUCGAAGUCGGCGGCGCCUGGCUCGACGAUAAUUCCGAAACCAAAACACAAGAUUUCGUCACAGGCCGUUCUUGACAGUGUUGCGGAUCGGCCGCGAAAACAUUUGGGUGACGUUGUGUACCAAGUUGUUCUGAAGCCCGCCAAACUAGACUCAUCGCAUUCUAAGUUCGGUUACUCGUCGAAUCCGCGCCCCCUCCCUAUAGAUACCAUCAAGGGCAACGAAAACUCGACCUUGACGGUUAAAAUCCCACGUGUGCAUCUGAGCCCACCUGCCCGCGAGGAGAUAACUGCUCGUCGGGCCGUUUGGGGCACGGAUGUCUACACGGACGACUCGGACGUUGUUGCAGCAUGUAUCCAUGCAGGCUGGAUUCGAGGCGAAUGGGGAGAGGACGUGGAUGUAGAUUUACUCGAGCUGUGCAAGGCAUCAAAUUCCAAAAAGCAGCGUACAGUGCCUACCGAGCAGCACCUCGAAGUGUUAACUUCGCCACCGACAUCUGGUCCUGCUCAAGUUCCCGCAGAUCGCGAUUUGCAUGUAACGAUUCUAAUUCUACCUGCGCUCGAGAAAUAUAGUAGUUCGACGCGUUAUGGUAUGCAGAGUCGCGAAUUUGGCGGUACAUAUAACGGGCGCAAAUCAAUUCAUGACGGGAUUAGUUUUAUGAUUCAAAGUGUGCGUUGGGUUGAUGGCGCAGCGCCGCAAAGUAGACUUCGGGGCAAGGCGCGCAGGGAACGAAUCAGGAAAGCAAUGAGUGAAGUCAAUCGUAGCCAAGUGGUGGACAUGGGCGAGAAAGAAUUUUUGGGUAAGACGGUAGUAACGAGGGAUACUGGUACCGGAAAGGAAAGAAAUAAUAGGAAGCCGGCCGACGGCAACGGGGAAGGGAAUAAGGAGAAUCGUCCUGCUGCCACUAUGAAAGACGCAGCUCGCACUACGGACCAAGAAAAGCGCAACUUAGAUGGGAGCCCAGACUGCAAGGCUAGGGAGAAGAGUGGUUUGGCGGAAAGCCAAACUGUUACCCGCGGGCCAGAGAAGCGUGGCGAGGACGAGUCGACUAAUGUUUCUGCUUAGGAAUAAGCGGUGGAUUCGUCAUAAGAGGAAAGUGGUAUACCCGGUUUGUGGAAUAAACGGAACGUGUGGUCAAGGUUAGGUAUGGGACUAUGUAUAGUAGGAUUUGAGAUGGGCGGUACUUUCUUCGUCUUGACCCCUUGCUAAGAUACCAAUCUAUUCGGGUUCUAUGUUAUUUAUCUAUUUAUUCACCAUUUUACGUAGCAUAGCGCGGAGUUGUGAACAAGACUAUCUAUCUACUUACGUCU